AUGACUUACAUGGAUAAUGAUAACCAAAACCAUCUAGUACGGUUUGCUGACCGAUCACUAAUAAUCAAACUUAUCAGCUGUCUUCGCCUAUGCGCUCAACGCCUGCCCAGACACCUGGCCCCCUCUGCCUAUUACUCGGUCUCACUAAACUCAAGCGAAACUAACUCUGCAACUGCUGCAACCGCUUCUUUAACAGCUAUAGGCUCUGAUGGACAGUCUUCGGAUGUGCAAUCAACUAAUUUGGCCAUGCCUUUUUCAACGGCCAAUUCUGGACGGGAGCAAGAUGCUCUUGCCACCAGUCAUGUUACUUCCCAGACAAUCUUGCCUGCCCAAAAACCCGAUCAGAAAAUAUUGCUCGAUUGUCUUCUUGGUAUUUUUCGGCUUCUUGUCAAUGUCUCACAAAACGGUUAG